AUGGAUUGGCGUUCUCUUGUUUCUACAGACGAAAGACUUACUAACAUUCUCAGAAUCGCGGAAUUAGCUCACGCAGUUCAACCUUUUCAUGAAGUGUUAAAUCGCGCUAAACAGGUGGAAGAAAGCGUCUUUCAAAAAGCAACUUCUCGGGAAUUUUAUAUUGCUUCUAUGGACCAACUUGUUAAUUAUAUGAAAAAAACUAUUGAAGAUAAAACAAAACAACAUCUCGAACAACUUGCAGAAAAGGAAUAUAAAGAAUUGUUGAAUAGCGGUGACUCGAGUUCAAAAAAUAGGCUUGAUCAAUUAAAAAUUUUGUGGACAAAACGAAUUGAUGAAAUUAUGGAGCAGUCGCGUCGUCAACAAGUUUUUCAGUCACAGCGUCUUCAUUUAUUAUUGCAAAAUUUGCAACUUCAACAAUUAUUACAACAACAAAAGAAUCAUCCAACUCAACCUGCGAACUUAACUUCACUUUUACAACCAUUACCACAACUUACCAUACCGGUAUUACAAACAACUUUAUCAAAUGUUCAUCAGCCAAUCAAUCAUUUGAUUUCACAACCACAACCUACAAUCAUGUUUCAACAACCGCAAACAAUUUCUCCUUUUUAUCAACAACAAUCUAUUUAUUCUUUUCAAGAUCAACCAAUGACAAUUCAACAGUUAUUUCCUCCUUCACAACCCUCUUUUACAUUACAACCACUAAUCACCCAACAAUCUCUUACAAUGCAGACGACUGCUCCAUUAACCACUCAAACAAAGUCAGAACAAUCACAAUUAUCACAAUCAUCUUUACCUCAGGCUUAUUGCCUCGUAAAGGAUGCUAAUGUACAUAAGGAGGAUUUCAAAGCAGCUCUGAAAUUACCGAUAAAUGAACAAAAGAGGCACCCACCACCUGGUGCGCCUGUGAUACCGGUACACGCUUUAAAAGUUGAAGACGUUCAUGCCGAUACCUCUUCCCAGGUCCAACUCCAUCAAAAUUGUCAAUUAAGAUGA